AUGUUUGAUAACGAAUUGAUGAGCGAUGUAUCUUUCACUUGUGGGGAAUCAAGUCGCAUAUUUCAUGCACACAAAUACGUGCUUGCCACGAGCAGUGCUGUAUUCUUUGCCAUGUUUUAUGGAAGUUUAACUGAGAAAAAAUUUCCCAUUUGUAUCCCAGACGCGGAAGAAGAAAGCUUCGAAGAGUUUCUGCGAUUUCUGUACACUGACGCUUGUAAAAUAACCGCCGAGAACGCGAUAGGUGUUAUGUAUUUGGCUAAGAAGUAUCUCGUUUCGUCUUUGGCGGAGAAGUGUUGCGAGAUUCUAGAGGCAAGCAUCAAGCCUGAUAAUGCCUUCGCGGUGUUGAAGCAAGCGGUGCAAUUUGAGGAAAAAGAGUUAGAAGAAAAGUGCUGGAAUAUUGUUUCGGAGAAAACUCUGGAAUGCAUCAACUCGGAAGCGUUCUGUAGUAUCGGAUCAUCUACGCUCAAUGCUUUUUUAAAGAAACUGGAGACGUCCUCGAUAACAGAAAUGGAAUUGUUCAAAGCAAUAUUGAAAUGGACCGAUAAGGAAUCCGCAAGACAGGGUUUAAAUAUCGAACACGACAAAACGGCAAGAAGGCGCAUCCUAGGAGAUAGUGUUUAUGAAAUUCGUUUCCUUGCAAUGUCUCAGGAAAACUUUCUAAAAUAUGUCUCCCCCAGUGGAAUACUUACAGACACAGAAAUUGUGUCCAUAUCUCAAAAGCUUUGCGGAUUAGAUGUGGUAGGCUUGAAAUGGAAGGAACAUAGAAAUAAGCAACCAUGUAGUAUAGUCAGUUCCCGCCGUCUUCACCCUGCCAAUAUUAGCAGUUUAGUCAGUUUCAGCAGAUUUUACCCUGGUAGUGUCAAUUAUAUUAAGGGUGACGGCAGCGGCGGUUGGGGUUAUACUGGUGGAGGUUCCGAUGCUCUUACUCUGGUUGUCAAUAAAGCUGUUCUCUUUCACGGUGUUCGCUUGUUUGGUUCCAAUGGCGGCCGAUACGAAGUCAAAUUUACGAUUAAGGGUAAUAAUGUAACAGAAUCCUACACUUCAGAACAAGACAGUGACCACGUGCCGGGUUAUGACGUCAUGUUACCCAAUCCAAUCCGUCUACUGCCAAAUGAAGAGAUCACAAUAAUUGCGACAAUAACAGGACCACGUUCUUACUACAGUGGCAGUGGAAAAUCAUCAGUGACAAUCGAUGACAUUGUUCUAACGUUUAAAGACGCGCGUUCUGGGUUAAGUACCAAUGGUACGGACAUAUCUCAUGGUCAGUUCUACAAGAUUUUUCUUUCUGAGCUUUAG